AUGGGCUUCAAGAACUUCUUAUUUCCGAUGGCGUUGCUUGCCUCGUUGCAAGGUGUCGAUGCUUCCGUCUUCGAGGAGACGACUCCAAAGAUUGCCGCCUACUUGAGUACGAAGCUUUGCAAAUUUGGCCCUGCAGAGGAAAAAGACCAAUAUGACUUAGAUGGUGGUGGUCAGGGUAUCACAACCUUUUGUCAAAACCAAAACAUCGAUAUCAUUCAACUGGCAUUCGUGAAUGAGCUCCGAGGGGAGCCACAGGCUCUGUCUCUGUCAGGUAUUCAAGGAUGGGAGAUCACACAAUGUCAAAAGCAAGGGAAGACCAUUCUCCUAUCCCUCGGAGGAGAGUCCUACAAGGAGGGUGGUUGGAGCACCACCACUGAGGCCCAACGGAUGGCUGAUGCGCUUUGGAAGAAGUUUGGCCCUGGCGUCGAGACGAUGAUCCAACGUCCCUUUGGGGAUGCCAUAAUUGAUGGCACAGCUGGGUUGAACAAACCAUUCUACCUCACUGCCGCGCCUCAGUGUCAAUGGCCUCACAAAAACCUUCAGACAGUGCUAGACAGCAACAUGGGCGUUUUCGACGCCAUUUUCGUUCAGUUCUAUAAUAACCAGGAGUGCGGCAUUGGGGCUGGCUACCGUCGCCGGUCCGCAGGACCCUCUGCCCGUCGAUCUGGACUCCUUGGGAACUUCAAUCUUGCCCAGUGGUUGAAUCUGGCCGCAACGAGUAACAAAGGUGUCUCCGUUGCUGUCACUACAAAAUCUGGAAGCACCUUGUCAAGCAAGCCCAAGAUUUAUGUUGGGGUCCCAGGCAGCGAACUGGGUACCUCCACUCCCAAGAAUGGCUACGUGAACCCCGAUACUCUGAAGCAAGCCAUCGAAUCAGUCAGCUUUGAAAAGAACGAGUAUUUUGGUGGUGUCUCUAUUUGGAGUGCUCAAUUCGCAACGCAGAAUGCUGAUUUCCUGCCGGGUGUUAAAAGUGUACUCAAUGGCUUAUGA